UCACAAUCCUUCAUUUAACACAAAAAGAAUGAAUUCAAAAAUAUCAAUAUGCCACAUACAAAACACACACAACAAAGAACUACUGAAAGAAACUGUAUAGUGAUACCUUCACAAUAAACGAACCAAGGCAUGCAAUGUUUUUGAGGGGCGACGGUGACUAGGUCAAGUCUUAAGCAUCACAUGGUACAAUAUCAGUAUGCGUUUUUUAGUAGAAGUGUACAGAUAGAUAUAUCCUACUCGUUGUAGAUUCAACAUAUGUCAAUGGCACUGCACAAAAUGGUUACACCAAUGUUGCAAGGAUUGCGCACGAUUCCAUCAGGACGAACGGUUAACUGUAUGCAGAGAAGGAUUCACGUUUCUGACAAUGUCAAAUUCAAGAUUCGACCGAUGAGAACGCAAGACUUACCAACAAUAUUCCAGUUAUUGAACGCUGAAAAAUGGAUUAUGGAGAAAGCGUAUUUAGACUGUGCUUUUUCAACUGAUCCCCGAGGAUUUGUUUUAGCUGAGACGACUGAUCAACAAAUCAUAGGUUUCCAUGGGUCUCUUUCCUUGACAGACAAUCUUGACACGUUAGGAUUGUGGUACGUAAAGAAUGGAUACCGAUGCUCUGGAGUUGGAGCUGCUCUUGUAGAGAGAACGAUCAAAUGUCCACAAAGAAACUUUGGGACAUUCACAUGGCCCUAUUUGCAGGAAAGUAUCGACUCAUUAAUGAAAAGCAAGACAACGCAAACGUACACAACCUGGUAUAAUUACGGGCAGAUUGAACAAAGAGUUGAAAGGAAAUCAAAAUACACUGAAAAACAUUUGAUGAUUCUACCAUUGCACCAUUCAAUGCUAUCUGACGUUGUCCAGUAUGAUACCAAAGUCCACAAAAUUCCACGGGAAUCUUAUAUCACAAACUGGAUCACACAUGAUAAUUCAAAGACGUACGUGGCAGUAAAAAAUGACACAGUUUGUGGAUACGCUGUACUGCGGACACAAGAUGCUUACACAACAAUUGCACCACUGUAUGCGGACGACGAGUAUAUAGCAGAUGAAUUGUUUUUACAAUUGGCCAGCAAAGUUUCAGAAGGUCGCUUUGUAAAUUAUACGAGUCCUUUAGAAAAUAACGCAGGGACACGGCUAGCAGUAAGAAAUGGGUUGAUGAAAAGAGGAAUGCCGAUGUUGAUGGUGUUCAGACAGGAACCGAUAUAUAUUGAUAUCAAUAGAGUCUUUGCUGUCUCGUCAACCUCUUUUGGAUUGUGUUAAAAUUUAAGUCACACCUCCCAAUAUGUAUUUGGUAGCAAAUCAGGUUUGAGUGUAACAUACAGACAGAAUUUGGUGAAUACAUUUCAUAUAUCAAAAUUCAUUUGACGCCAUAUCACACCUAACAACAGAAUAAAAGCAUUUUGUGUGAAAUGUGGAGAUAGUAACCAUUAGGCAACGAAAGAUGCCAUAUUUUUUUUACGUUUUUAACAUUGAUAAUGGUUAUACCAAAAUGGAAUUAUUACAUGUAUUUAACCUUUACUCGUAUCAACUUCCAUGCGAUAGAUAUACUAAUCAUACACUCAGUAUCAUUGUGAAUAUAAAACUUAAUGUAUAAAUAAAAUUCUUUAUAAAACAUGUUUUAAAUACCCAU